AUGCAUAGGUUUCUGAUUCACGCAUUAAGAACCCGUUCCAAUCCCAGAACAGUCGCUUCGAAACUUUCAAACGAUUUAUCGACUGGUUUGGGAGACCCAGGAUCGGGAGCUGGUAAAGGAGGAGGAGGUGGAGGGUCCAUCAGGAACACUGGAGGCGCCUUCGGGAAGCGCGAAGCGGCCCUCGAAGGGGAGUACUUCCACAAGAUGCAGAAGAAGCAACUCCAGAAGUUGAAGGAAAUGUUGGAUAGGGCGGAGGGCGACCUGGAAAAAGCACAAGAAGCAGUAAAUAAGACGAAAGAGAGACCUAGCAGGCUCAUUUUCGAUCGGACCAACAACUUCGCGAAAAGUUCGGACGAUCCAGGAUCAAGAGACGGAAGAGGGUCUUCGGAUGGAAAUGGAGACUACUUCAACGCGAUCGACGCUUUAAAGAAGCGUGAAGCAGACAUCGAAGAUGAAUAUUUUGCCAAAAUGCAGAAGAAGCAACUGGAGAAACUGACUGAAAGGCUGACGGGAAUAAAAAAACGUAUAGAAUACAAAGAAAGACCGCAAAUUUCCCCGAAGAUGCCCAAAUACGUUGAUGAAAGCGAAGAAAGUGAUGAAACCGAUCCGAAGAAAGGAAGAGGUGGAAAAGAUGAUUGAUGAAGGUGCCGAAAGCAUAAUAAAUCCACCAGUUGAAUGUUAAAUAAAGGUUUUUAUGUCAAAAUAUAUUUACAAUUCAUAUAUUUUCUUCUUUGUUAUUGUAACACUCACAAGUUUUUAAAUUUAAUCCUAUCGUUUACAAAUAUAACGAUAUCUAAUUCAAG